AUGCAAUUGUGGAAUGCCGUUAGCACACAGCCCCUCGUGGCCAUCGCCGUGGUUGGAGUGACCUACGGGGUGUGGUUGGCAGUAUAUCGGCUAUGGUUUUCACCACUUGCUCAUUUCCCUGGACCGAAACUGGCCGCCAUGACCAUGUGGUAUGAGUUCUACUAUGAUUCGUUCCUCGAAGGCCAGUACACUUUUCGAAUCGCUGAGAUGCAUCGCAAGUACGGCCCGAUUGUGAGAAUUAGUCCAUUUGAACUGCACAUAGACGACCCAGAGUAUUAUGAAGUCUUAUACUCUCGAGAUAAACCGAUGAACAAAUCGAUUCUUUUGACUGGCAUGUUUGGGGCUCCGGCCUCCUCUUUUGGAUCAGUCGAUCACCGCCGCCAUCGGAUACGCCGGCAACCUAUGAAUCCAUUCUUUUCUCAGCAGCGGAUUCGAGAAUUGGAGCCGAUGAUCCGCAAAAUGAUCGAUAAGCUGUCCAAAGGAAUGCGAGAGUGGAAGGAGAGAAACACUCCGCUGCAAAUUUAUCAUGCGUUUAAUGCCUUCACGACGGACGUGGUUGUGGAGUAUACUAUGGGUGAAUCGUUUCAUUAUUUGGAUGACCCUGAAUUCACACCGCGCUGGUCGAAGACAAUUGAGGCAAUUGUGCAAAUCGGAGUUCAAUUCAAACAGUUUCGCUGGGUGCUCAGUUUGUUCGAGCUGCUUCCACGGUGGUUGGUUGUGAUGAUCAACCCUCACAUCGGCCUGGUGAUUGAUCAAAGACUUGAAAGUUUGCGAUUAGCAAAAUUGGUCAUUGAUAGUCAGAGUUCCGAUGGAAACAUGGCAGAUAGUAAGCCUAGUGUGCCGAAAGAUACAUUGUUCCAUGCACUGCUAGAUAGCAAGCUUCCCCAAGAGGAAAAGGCAGCUGGCCGCUUGAGUCAAGAGGUUUUCACCGUCAUCUCAGCAGGCGGAGAAACAACUGCAAAGAAUUUGACGACAGUCACCUUCCAUCUACUUAGCAACCCUGGCAAGCUACAAAAACUACGGGACGAGUUGAGUCGACUCGACCCCGAUGGAACCGCGACCUUGGUAGAAUAUGAAGCAAUGCCAUACCUUACGUCUGUGAUGCUAGAGGGUUUACGAAUUACCAACGCCGUGUCUACGAGGCUGCAACGCAGCUCCCCGGAUCGGGUUAUGACUUACAAAGAUUGGGCGAUCCCUCCCGGGACACAUGUGGGGAUGACCAGCUUAUUUAUGCACCACAAUGAAGAAAUUUUCCCAAACUCGCAAAGCUUCAUCCCCGAACGAUGGAUGGACCCAGACCAAAGGAAAAGCCUCGAGAAGUACCUGGUUCCUUUCAGCAAGGGGUCAAGACAGUGUAUUGGCAUCCCGCUCGCGCGGGCGGAGAUUCUCUUAGCAAUCGCCACCAUUUUCCGGGAAUUUGAGAUGGAGCUCUACGAGACUACAGUAGAUGACGUCCGAAUCGUUCGAGAUAUGUUCAAUGGUCACCCGCGCAAAGGAAGUAAAGGCGUUCGUGUUAUGAUAAAGGAUGUGAGUGGACAUCCUGGACAUAGUGAGAAGCUCUUAUAA